AUGAGAGUGCUGCAAAGCUGGCGUGGGCGUGCGGAGGAGCGAGACACCAGUCCGGUGUCAUCUGCACCAGUUUCACGCAUCUUGCCUCCAGUGCACCUCCCCAGUCCGUUCCACACAUCUGAGUGGCAUGACCUGACUCAACAGUUCCACCCAUCUGAGUGGCAUGACCUGACUCAACAGUUCCACCCAUCUGAGUGGCAUGACCUGACUCAACAGUUCCACCCAUCUGAGUGUCAUGACCUGACUCAACAGUUCCACCCAUCUGAGUGUCAUGACCUGACUCAACAGUUCCACCCAUCUGAGUGUCAUGACCUGACUCAACAGUUCCACCCAUCUGAGUGGCAUGACCUGACUCAACAGUUCCACCCAUCUGAGUGGCAUGACCUGACUCAACAGUUCCACCAAUCUGAGUGUCAUGACCUGACUCAACAGUUCCACCCAUCUGAGUGGCAUGACCUGACUCAACAGUUCCACCCAUCUGAGUGGCAUGACCUGACUCAACAGUUCCACCCAUCUGAGUGGCAUGACCUGACUCAACAGUUCCACCCAUCUGAGUGGCAUGACCUGACUCAACAGUUCCACCCAUCUGAGUGGCAUGACCUGACUCAACAGUUCCACCCAUCUGAGGGGCAUGACCUGACUCAACAGUUCCACCCAUCUGAGUGGCAUGACCUGACUCAACAGUUCCACCCAUCUGAGUGGCAUGACCUGACUCAACAGUUCCACCCAUCUGAGUGGCAUGACCUGACUCAACAGUUCCACCCAUCUGAGUGGCAUGACCUGACUCAACAGUUCCACCCAUCUGAGGGGCAUGACCUGACUCAACAGUUCCACCCAUCUGAGUGGCAUGACCUGACUCAACAGUUCCACCCAUCUGAGUGGCAUGACCUGACUCAACAGUUCCACCCAUCUGAGUGGCAUGACCUGACUCAACAGUUCCACCCAUCUGAGUGGCAUGACCUUACUCAACAGUUCCACCAAUCUGAGUGGCAUGACCUGACUCAACAGUUCCACCCAUCUGAGUGUCAUGACCUGACUCAACAGUUCCACCCAUCUGAGUGGCAUAACCUGACUCAACAGUUCCACCCAUCUGAGUGGCAUGACCUGACUCAACAGUUCCACCCAUCUGAGUGGCAUGACCUGACUCAACAGUUCCACCCAUCUGAGUGGCAUGACCUGACUCAACAGUUCCACCCAUCUGAGCUGGAAGAGUGA